AUGACUGAACCUAAUCCUUCAGUCGAGGUAAGCUCGACACAAGCGAAGAAGCCACAGUCUACGACAACUCCACCAAAAGCCGAGGUCACUGCUUUGGAACAGGUGCAUCUCCCUCGCAUCGCCAUCAAGUUCUGUACACAAUGCAGAUGGAUGCUGAGAGCAGCCUAUUUCGCGCAAGAGCUCCUUUCGACCUUUGGCACUGAUUUGGGCGAGGUUGCGCUGGUGCCCGUGACGGGUGGUGUCUUCACCGUCACGAUAUGGCACGCGGCGCAAGCAGCGUCGGAGAACGAAGUCAGUACUCAGGAGACUCUGCUCUGGGAUCGCAAGCGGGAUGACGGAUUUCCAGAAGUCAAAGUCCUCAAGUCCCGUGUCAGGAACAUCAUUGCCCCCAAAAGGGAUCUGGGGCAUACAGAUCGAGCAUUAAAGAAAGAUAAGGAAGAGAAAGAGAAGGAAGAGAAAGAGAAGGAAGAGAAAGAGAAGGAAGAGAAAGAGAAGGAAGAGAAAGAGAGGAAGGAAAUGAGUCAACAGGUUAAGGACAAGUGCGAGGAUUGCGCAUGA